GGGUUUUUUGCUCUGUAAUACCGCCGCCACUUUCGUCCCCUCUUUAUUUAUAUAUAAAUCGUCCUCGAUUGGCAUCUCAGUUAGAUGGCGAUAACGCACAAUGCAUUAGCACAUUCUCUACAAGGGAGGAGUAGCUGCUUUGUCCCAAAACCCUUGUGCAUUAGAGAUGCUAAGCAGAGAAGCAGAUCCAGUAGUGUCGUAUUCGCUUCUAAUGAUAAGAACAUUGCUCUUCAAUCUAAGGUAGAUAAGUUGUUGGACCGCAUAAAAUGGGAUGACAAAGGUUUAGCUGUGGCAAUUGCACAAAACGUUGACACUGGAGCAGUGUUAAUGCAAGGCUUUGCUAACAGAGAGGCUCUCUCCACAACCAUCACUUCUCGUAAAGCUACUUUCUUCAGUCGAUCAAGAUCUACCUUAUGGACUAAGGGAGAGACAUCAAAUAACUUCAUCAAUGUCCUAGAUGUAUACCUUGACUGUGAUCGUGAUUCGAUAAUUUACCUUGGAACACCUGAUGGGCCUACUUGUCACACAGGGGCAGAGACUUGUUACUACACUUCGGUUUUCGAUCAAUUAGCAGUUGAUGAGGCUUCAGGAGACAAGCUAGCUUCAACAACGUUAUACUCGCUAGAAUCAAUCAUUUCAAAGCGGAAGGAGGAAUCAACAGUUCCUCAAGAAGGUAAACCGUCAUGGACUCGACGGUUAUUGACCAAUGAUGCUCUGCUUUGCUCAAAGAUCAGGGAAGAAGCAGACGAGUUAUGCAGAACGCUUGAGGAUAAGGAGGAAGUAUCAAGAACAGCAUCAGAGAUGGCGGAUGUGUUGUACCAUGCGAUGGUGCUUCUGUCUAAAAGGGAUGUCAAGUUUGAAGAUGUUCUUGAAGUUCUUAGGAAACGCUUCUCUCAAUCUGGUAUCGAGGAGAAGCAAAGCCGUUCAAAGUGACCGUAUAUAAACUGUUGUAUUUGCGAGAAUGUAAACUAUUCCACUGCUCAUUUAGAUCUUUGUACAUUGCAAAAUAAUAAAUUGUAUCGUUUGCUAAAGAUAUUGUUACAUCUUUUUCUUUUGCAUUUAUUGGCUGGAAUUUAUCACA